GGGCGUCGACGCCGGCGCCAUUUUGCGAACGGCGAGCAGCGGCGGCGGUGCGGAGAGUGCAGCGGAGGUUUUGCUGGUUUCGGACCCCAGCGGCCGGAUGGUGAAAUCCUCCCUGCAGCGGAUCCUCAACAGCCACUGCUUCGCCAGAGAGAAGGAAGGGGACAAACGCAGCGCCACGCUCCACGCCAGCCGCACCAUGCCGCUCCUGAGUCAGCACAGCCGCGGCGGCUGCAGCAGCGAGAGUUCUAGGGUCACCCUCCAUUGCUGUAGUAACCUGGGUCCGGGGCCUCGGUGGUGCUCCGAUGUCCCUCACCCACCCCUGAAGAUCCCAGGUGGGCGAGGGAACAGUCAGCGGGAUCACAGUCUUUCAGCUAGCGUCCUCUACUCCGACGAGCGGCUGAAUGUGACAGAGGAGCCAACGUCUAACGACAAGACCAGGGUCCUGAGCAUCCAGUCCACGCUCACGGAGGCCAAGCAGGUCACCUGGAGGGCGGUGUGGAACGGUGGUGGCCUCUACAUCGAGCUCCCGGCUGGGCCUCUGCCUGAGGGCAGCAAGGACAGUUUCGCAGCUCUCCUGGAGUUCGCGGAGGAGCAGCUCCGGGCCGACCACGUUUUCAUCUGCUUCCCCAAGAACCGUGAGGACAGAGCCGCCCUACUCCGAACCUUCAGCUUUCUUGGCUUUGAGAUUGUGAGACCCGGGCAUCCCCUCGUCCCCAAGAGACCCGAUGCUUGCUUCAUGGUCUACACGCUGGAGAGAGAGGACCCGGGCGAGGAGGACUAGGUGCCAGCCCUGCCCAGUGUCCCUGUGCCCUCUCCCGGGUUUCUCCACAUGUCGUGAUUGUGCAGAAUAAACGCUCACUCCAUUAGCGGGUGCUUCUUUGAGCUGAAUGCUGUGUUUGUCAUACUCAAGUGUUGGCUUUAAUUCUAAAUAAAGGUUUCUAUUUUACUUUUUUUAUUGCUGUUUAAGGUGGUCAGGUGACCUGUGCUAGAGCAGCCUCCUUUGAAGCCUGGCAGAGAUAAAUAGUGUCACCUCCCUGGCUCAAACCCAAUAAAGUGAUCUUGCUCACCC